GGCUUCCGGAGUCCGCGCGGGCGCUGAGCUGCAGGCGCGCGCCUAACGGCUUCGCGGGCUGAGAGGUCAGAGGCUGCGAGUGUCGCUGCUGAAGGCUGUGGUGGACCCGGCUGGGUCGCGGAUUCUGAGCUACAUCUCGGGUUUGGGGUUAGGGUUAGUGGAAAGGCCACGAGGAGCCGCGGGGGCUCAGGAGCCGGUGGUGGGCGUCUGAGGAGAAGUCGCCCCAUGAGGAAGCUCUUCAGCUUCGGGAGACGCCUGGGCCGGGCGGUCCUGGGCUCCAUCGGCCACGAGUACGCGGGUCCCGGGUACCACACCAGCGACGCGGAACUGCGGAAGAUCCACAGGGCGGCCCUCAAGCGCGACGCCGCGGAGGUGGAGCGCCGCCUGGCGCGCAGGUGCCGGGACGUGGAAGCCCAGGACAGGCCUGUUCUACAUUUGGCCUCUGCCCAUGGCCGUGUAGAAGUGGUCACUCUCUUGCUGAGCAGAAAAUGCCAGAUCGACAUCUGUGACAGACUAAACAGGAUGCCUUUAAUGAAGGAAGAGACGUGUUCCAUUAUUCUGCUGGAACAUGGCACCAAUCCAAACAUUAAGGACGUCUACAGCAACACUGCUCUUCAUGAUGGUAAACAUUGAGGAUGUCUACGGCAACACUGCUCUUCAUGAUGCUGUGUAUGAUAAGGGGACUUCACUGGCAGGAAGCCUGCUUUCCCACCAUGCAAAUACUGAAGCACUAAACAAGAACACGACUUAAAAGUGGCUUCAGAGGAAAAGCAAGAAACGCUUGAAAGAAGUGAAAAUAAACAGCCAGAGGUAUGUAACAAUUUAAAUUUCUGGUUUAAUAUUGGUUGGUUGGUUUUUCUUUAAUAACACAGCAUAGUCCAAAAGAAGUGACCUUUUAGACUAUCCUUUUAGAAUCCAACAGACAGAUCAUAAUUUCUUACUUAAUUUUAAAACAUUUUAGCCAGUUAUAAAAUUUAAAGUAUCCUUACAGUCUGCAGUAACUCAUAGCUAUCUGUACCCUUGGAAUUGAGGCCAGAAAUUUCCAGAAGUCUCUUUGCUCUUUUACUUUUAUAAGCUUCUUCAUGAUAAAGAAAGUAACAUCAAAAAUUGAGUUGUAUUACUAAGCAAGAGAAAUUAUGAACAAUUUAACAGUGAUGGCCACUGAGUUCAACUCGUGUUAAAGGAGUCAUUGUUGCUAGUGGUUCAAACUCUGCAGUUUUAUGUUGCUGGUCACCAGUGCUGAGGUUAAAGACUUCUGUUUUUUGGUCUCUGGUUGCCUUCAGUGUCUAUGUUCAGGGAGAGAAUGGGGUCAUAAAAUCAACCCAGCUGCCUAUUAAGAGAAUUAUGACUUCCAGAAUGGGACUUUGGUAUCAGGGUACAAACAAUAACCUUCUUAUUUUAGUAUAAAUAGUAAAUGUUAUUAAAAUAUUUUAAUCCAUUGUCACUAGUGGGACUUAGAGUAUAUUAGAACUGGAUAUAAGUGGAUAAUCUAUCUAGAUAACACUCAUAUUACAGUAUAGCAUUUGAAGUAGAAUCUAAAAAUUUUAUUCUCUUUCUGAUUGGUGUUCAUUUUGGCUUCUAAUAGUUUAGCAUUUGCCUACUCUCCAGUUAAUCUUCAGAAAUAUGAAUUUACUGUAGGGGUUCACUAUUUAUGGUAUCCUGAGGUCAAAAUCCUUUUAAGAGAGAAAGCCUUUAGAAUACUACAUAUCAUCUGUGAGCCCAUUUCUGGCAGAUUUAAUUCAUAAUGAAUUAAGUUUAGUCCAAACUAACAGUGAGAGUUAAGCUUGCUGGUUCAUGUUUUUCUCCUAUGUUAAGCCAAGGCAAACUAUUUUUUACUUCUUAGUUAUAAUCCAGUAACUUAGGGAUAGCAAAACAUAGAUUAAGUUUUACAGUUACAUUUUAAUUAUUUUCUAUUUUUUUAUUCGUACUUAAUUCAGAAUAAAGUUAAUUUUAAAACAUGCACCCUAACAGAAAAGACAUCUGAGAAACAAAACAAGCAAAUUAAUUUUCCACUUUUGCACCUGCAAAAAAAUGUCUCAAGAACCAGAACUGAGUAAGAAUUGUGAUAAAGAGUGUUUAUCUGUAUAUUCAAGGCUUCCUUUAAAAUUAAUUACAAGAAAGUUCAACUGAAAAUUGGUGAAAGUUUUGAAAAAUCCAAAAUUACUGUUUGUCCUGAGGAAGAGCUCUUACAUAGUAACUCUAAAGAGGGACAAAAUUAAAGGAAGUGCCCUCUAACCCAAUGAAUCAUAUCCCUGACUGCAAGGAAGCAGAUGCAUCUUGGAGUGUCGAACUCUGUAGUAUCCCAGGCAUUGCCUGAACAGAAGGAGAACAUCACAAACCUGUCUUUUCAUUGUAUUUAUACUCUGGGUCCCUCAAACACACCUGCCAGUCAUCUUCUAAGCUUUAUUCAAAUGAAAAUAAAUCAGACUGUAAAACUUGUAACUAACCAGACAUGUAGCCUGUUUCUCAGAGAUGAAGAGAAUUGUUGUAAUGAUACAGAAAUUGAAAAAUUAGGGAAGCCAGUAGUUAUGGUUGAAAUGAAAGAGGACCAAGAGUUUGAUAUGCAAAUGAC